AUGAAGGAUCUUGGCAAUGCCAAGAAGAUUCUGGGCAUGGAUAUGGUUAGAGACAGAGGCAGAGGUGAGUUAAGACUGACACAGAGAGACUACCUAGAUAAAGUGCUGAAGAGGUUUCAGAUGCAAGACUCAAAACCAGUCACACUCCCUAUGGCACAGCAGUUCAGGCUCAGCAAGGAGCAAUGUCCAGCUACUGAUGCACAGAGAAAGGAAAUGGACAAGAUCCCUUAUGCUAGCAUUAUUGGAAGUAUAAUGUAUACGAUGGUUUGUACCAGACCUGAUGUUGCCCAUGCCAUGUGUGUAGUGAGUAGAUUCAUGGCUGAUCCUGGGAUAGAGCAUUGGCAUGCCCUUAAGUGGUUGAUGAGGUACCUAAAGGGGACAACUGAUUAUGCCAUAGUGUUCAGAAGAAGUAAGAGUCAAGGUGGAGAUCAGUUGAUUGGUUUCUCAGACUCAGAUUAUGCAGUGAGUUAUGACACCCGGAAGUCACAAUCUGGCUAUGUGUUCACUCUAAAUGGUGCUGCUGUGAGUUGGAAAUCUUGCCUUCAAUCAGUAGUGGCUCUCUCUACUACAGAAGCAGAGUACAUAGCUCUUGCUGAGGCAGUGAAGGAGUCAUUUUGGCUGAAGGGGAUCCUUGGAGACUUUGGGGUUAAGCAAGAUUCUGUGGAGAUAAAGUGUGACUCUGCAAGUGCAAUCUGUCUAACUAAGCACCAGACCUUUCAUGAAAGGAGCAAGCAUGUGGAUGUGAGGCUUCAUUUCAUACGUGAUGAGGUGAAUAAGGGAGCAGUGAGGUGA